UCCGGCCCCGCCGCACUCGCCGCGGAGACCGAGGGGAGCGGAGCCGCAGCCCCCAGCGCCAUUGCCGCCCUCAGCCCGCCAUGGCAGUGCACAUCGAGGCAGUAAAUAUUUCCGUUUUCUGGUUUUAACUUGCAAGCCCCGUUCGAUAUCGUGUGUGGUUUUCUUUUGUUUUAAGGAGCCGUUGAUGCGAAUGAUACCCUGAUGUCCCAGCUGGAUUACUGAGCACUUGUGUGAUUCCCAGAGCUGCUGCUGCUUGAAUAAGGAGCUGUCCUUAGUUCUUGUCCUGGCAUCCCAGAAGCACCUCCUGGGUGCUGCAUGCAAGUCCUGGACGUUCUGGAAACGAUGGGGAUUGGCAAGAACACCACUUCCAAAUCGGUGGAGGCGGGAGGCUCAACAGAGGGCAAAUAUGAGGAUGAAUCCAAACAUCCCACCUUCUUCACCCUGCCUGUUGUAAUAAAUGGUGGAGCAACAUCCAGUGGUGAUCAGGACACAGAGGACACGGAGCUGAUGGCCAUCUACACUACAGAAAAUGGCAUAGCAGAAAAGAGCUCCCUGGCAGAGACCCUGGACAGCAGUGGCAGUUUGGAUGCCCAGAGGACUGACAUGAUUUACACCAUUGAAGAUGUUCCUCCCUGGUACCUCUGCAUAUUUCUGGGCUUACAGCACUACCUGACGUGUUUCAGCGGGACCAUCGCCGUGCCCUUCCUGCUGGCCGAUGCCAUGUGCGUGGGCUUUGACCAGUGGGCCACCAGCCAGCUCAUCGGGACCAUCUUCUUCUGCGUGGGCAUCACCACCCUGCUGCAGACCACCUUCGGCUGCAGGUUACCCCUGUUCCAAGCCAGUGCUUUUGCGUUCUUAGCACCUGCCAGAGCAAUUCUCUCUCUGGAGAAGUGGAAGUGUAAUAACACAGAUAUAACAGUUACAAACGGGACAGCAGAGCUGCUUCACACGGAGCACAUCUGGUACCCCCGGAUACGAGAGAUCCAAGGUGCCAUUAUCAUGUCCUCGCUGAUCGAGGUGGUCAUCGGCCUGCUGGGGCUGCCCGGGGCUCUGCUGCGCUACAUCGGCCCCCUGACCAUCACCCCCACCGUGGCCCUCAUCGGCCUCUCCGGAUUCCAGGCUGCUGGGGAGCGAGCUGGGAAGCACUGGGGCAUCGCCAUGCUGACUAUUUUCCUAGUAUUGUUGUUUUCUCAGUAUGCCAGAAAUGUCAAAUUUCCCUUGCCCAUUUACAAAUCCAAGAAAGGAUGGACAGCAUACAGGCUGCAGCUUUUCAAGAUGUUCCCUAUCAUUCUGGCUAUCCUGGUGUCGUGGCUGCUGUGCUUCAUCUUCACGGUGACGGACGUGUUUCCCCCGGACAGCUCCAAGUACGGCUUCUACGCGCGCACGGACGCGCGCCGGGGCGUGCUGCUGGUGGCCCCCUGGUUCAAGGUCCCUUACCCCUUUCAGUGGGGGCUGCCAACCAUUUCUGCCGCGGGGGUGAUCGGGAUGCUGAGCGCCGUCGUCGCCAGCAUCAUCGAGUCCAUCGGAGAUUACUACGCCUGUGCCAGGCUGUCCUGUGCUCCUCCUCCACCCAUCCAUGCAAUAAACAGGGGGAUUUUCAUCGAGGGUCUCUCCUGUGUUCUGGACGGAGUGUUUGGGACAGGGAAUGGAUCCACCUCCUCCAGCCCCAACAUUGGUGUCCUGGGCAUCACAAAGGUUGGGAGCCGCAGGGUGAUCCAGUACGGGGCAGCCUUCAUGCUGCUGCUGGGCAUGGUGGGCAAGUUCAGCGCUCUCUUCGCGUCGCUGCCCGACCCCGUGCUCGGGGCUCUCUUCUGCACCCUCUUCGGGAUGAUCACGGCGGUGGGUCUGUCAAACCUCCAGUUCAUUGAUCUGAAUUCUUCUCGUAAUCUCUUUGUACUUGGAUUUUCCAUUUUCUUCGGGCUCGUCCUCCCAAGCUAUCUCAAACAGAACCCCCUGGUCACAGGAAUAGCAGGCAUUGAUCAGGUGCUGAACGUCCUGCUCACCACAGCCAUGUUCGUCGGGGGCUGCGUCGCCUUCAUCCUGGAUAACACCAUCCCAGGGAGCCCUGAAGAAAGGGGAAUACGGAAAUGGAAGAAGGGGGUUGGUAAAGGAAGCAAAUCCCUGGAGGGCAUGGAAACGUAUGAUCUGCCUUUUGGCAUGAACUUCAUUAAAAAAUACAGGUGUUUCAGCUUCCUGCCCAUCAGCCCCACCUUCAUGGGAUACACGUGGAAAGGCUUCAGGAAAAGCAGUAACUGCAGGAGUUCAGACGAAGAUUCGGAAGCUACAGUAUAGCCUUAGCUGAAAUUAUAUUAUCUAGUUGUAGUAAAAGAUGUAUUUGCAGUUUCUUGCUGAUUAAGAAGCAUUAAAAUAUAUGUUUUGUAUAUCUGCAUUUAAAUUCUGGAACCAGAGCUGAGACGGAUUUAAAAAAAAAAAAAAAAAAAAAGAUAAAAAAAGCUUUUCCAGCUGUGGGUGGUGGGAGCCAGGUCUGGUGUCUCUGGGGCAAAUCCCACUGAUUUUGGGAAGUUGGAGAGAGCUGUGCACCUAAGUCUGUUUGUUUUAAAUGGAUUUAGGUCCUGCAGGUGUGUAGGUGCUGCUGCAAACCUUCCGUUUUCAUGGUGAUUUUAUUGAAGCUCUCGGCGUUGGUUGCGCCAGGAAAGCUGAACCUCGGAGAAGGAGGGGGGAAAAAGAGAGAGAAAAGGAAAAAUACUUCCUUCUGAUUGCAUCAAAUCCCAUAGAUGUUGUUCUUUACUCAGUGAUUUGCACGUUCCACAUUCUCAGUGCCCUGGAAAUGGGGUUCAGCUGGUGCUGGCACAUCGUGAGAGUGUUUAAAUCUGAAUUAUCAGUGGCUUCAGUGACACCCAGUGUUAAGACAGGAAGUUUCUGGAAUAACUUUGCCCUUGAAAAAAGCCAUGACUGAUUUGGCUCAGUGCUACAGAAGCCACUUAUUUCACAGCAUUUCUCAUUUUUAAACGUUUGCUUUUCCCACCUGGGAUUCUCCCACCCCACCGCAGUGCCCAGGGUUUCCUUACGGGGACACACGAGGCUGGAGCGUUCAGGGAUGGGAAACCUGAACUUCUAGACAGGGCCUGGUGGCACCGUUUCAGUUCAGUGCCUGUGUCCAGCACGGUGUUUCCUGGCCAGGAAUGCUAAUUAGCUGAGCAGCUCCAAGCAAUUAACAGUUGAUACAUGCAGGGAGAGCCACACAGGCACUCCUGCCUUGGGUCUGAGCGGGGUUUUAUUGCUGGUGCUGCACAAGCCUCUUUCUUCUCCUCUUGUGGGGCUUCUCCAGAGGCUCAUUCCUGCUGGGAAGGGGCUUUGGGACAGCAGAGACACGACACCUGCCAGCCUCACCCACCGGAUGGUUUCACGGGUAUUGGGUCCAAUCAGGGCAUCACUCAGAGAUCUUUUUCUUUUUUUUUUUUUUUUUUCCUGGAAUAGUCUCAGCUCUGAUGUUAUGUGGGUGUUCACGCUCAUCAUGCAUUCAUAAUUAACAGUUUUAUUCCUGUUUAAUGUUCUUACUAUUGCAAGUUAGUUUUAGACUUCAGUGUGGCCCCAAAAGCAUUUUCAGCUGUGGAGAUCAUCAGGGAAAUGUUGUGUAAUGUAAUUUCAAGGCCAGUAAUGCUCUACGGUGCUUGCGUUUUGUAUUCCUGGAAAACCAUAACAGUAGAUCCUGUAACCCCCUAAUAUAUUUAUCAAAGUUUGACUACUGGACAGGAGCGCAGGAGCUCUGUUUUCUGAGUCUGCUCCCAGGGGAAUUUGUUCUGGGUUAUUGAAGCAUGGACGGGUUGGGGUGGGGAGGGCAAGGACGGAGCUUGACGGAUCAGUACUGAGUAGUGUAGAGUCGGAAUGGUUCCGUGGAUUCCGUUCUCAGCAUGCCAUGGCUGUUUCCAGAAAUUGUUUUAUCCCGCUUUUCCCAUGUCCAAGCAUGCGUUUGUUCCUGCUUCCUUUGGGGAACUUUCAGUAGUUUGCAGUCUUGGUGUCAGUUGGACUCGAGAGCUGGUCGGAAGAGUUGUUGUGUAGUAGACGAGGUUCGUUUGCCUGUGAAACAAAAGUCAUUUUUGCUGAUUUUUCAGUGUUUCCUCUCCAGGGAGUGAGGUGUUAGAUUCCCACGCCCACCCGCACACGGUUUGGGUGCGGGGACCUCUGAGCAGUGGCACGAAGCUUCCAGAUUUCCCAGCUUUCUGUGCAACCAAAGAUGUGUGGCAGACGUGGGGGAGUUAAAAAUACCGAUCUGAAAGGAAAACAGAAGCCACCUCUGGUGGCUGUACAGCCCAGGGGGUUGUGGUGAUGCCAAAUGCCAAAGUUGGUUAUCCUGUGAAAGUGGAGAAAGGGAGGAAAGAGGUUUUCAUUUCCAGCUUUUUAUUUCCAGAGCGUUCCCGGCUUCCCCAGCUCCUCCCGCAGGCAGAGUUUGGUAACUCCAGAGAGAGACGAGGGGAUGGGAACAGAGUCUCUGUCUCACCUGGCUGAGGGAGAGCCGGGCGAGUUCUGCUUUGCCUCAGCAGAGAUUCCCCAGACGCUCCAAGUUCCAGGGCAGCAAAUCCCGGGACAGUUCCCUCCCCCCAGCCCCGCUCAGCCGGCCCCAGGCCUUGGGAGCGCUGAGUUGGGUGUUUGGAUCCAGCUCCUCAGUGUGACAGCUCUCCACCUCUUCCCAAGGGGGAAUGGUGGGAGGUGAGCCCCAGGCUCGGGAAGGACUCCUGGAUGUGCAGGAGGGGCUGGGCUGAGGACAGAGCUGGGCACAGCAGCCUUGGGAAGAGAAGCUCCCCUGUCCCUUCUGGGGCUCCUGGAGCCCUCCCAGCAGUGCUUUUCUUUGUGAGGGAAACCCCCGGGUUCACCCUGGGUUUGUGCAGCUGCAGGGGGGAUUUUGGACCUUAAAUCGUUCUCCCACCCUCACUUUUCCUGGUCACUUUUCCUGGUGGCUUUCCCAAGUGGCUGCUGUGAAAUUCCAGGGAGCCCAUGCUGAGCUGCUGGCAGGGGUGGUGGAGGAUGAACCUGCAGGUUUGGGCAGCGUUAAAGUCUCGUUGUGUCUGCUGGGGACGUCCAGGUGUGACCUGACUGCCAGUGCAAUGCUGGAUUUUCCUCUCUGUCCUUACCUGCCUUUCAAACUCCAACCACCCAGGGAAGGCGGCACCUGAGAGGUGAGUGAAGAGGCGAUGAGAAGUUUCAACCAAAUUCGAGAGGGAAGGGCAAAUAUUCAUGGUAGAAAUAUCAUUUUGUCAUAUCAGAGAUGGUAUCAGUGUAUACAAACAAAGUAACUUGGGUUUUUUGUAAUUGAUAUUCUCUUGUAUUUUUUUUAGGUUAAAUUAAGGGUUCUUGCUGACAUGUUGAAACACGUUUUCUAAAGCAAAUACUUGCAAAUUAUGCCUAUAGAAAUUUAGGUUUCGUAGCUGACAGCUAUGACUGAUUCACAUUGUCAUAUUGGAGGGACUUCACCACGUACCUCGCUCAGAAAGCUCAACCUUUUCAACCCCAGAUUUGCUUUAUUGCCUUUUAAUACUGACUUGAAAUAUGACAACUUGGUUUGUACAUGAAUAUUGCAGUAUUUUAUUUCCAUAUAUUAAAAAAAAAAAUAACAUUUCCGCUCAGGAUAACGACGGCGGUUUUCCUGGGAGGGAGUGGUAUGAGUGUCAUGACAAUGUCAUGUGAUGGUAGAAUUUCUUCAUUGACGAAUCUAUAGUAGUUGUGUAUACUUUAUUUACCCAUGUUUGUGUUCCUACCCAAAACUGGAGGGUUUUUGUUGUUUCCUCCCUGCUGAGCCCUCGGGGCUCCCGGGGCAGAAUUGGCGCGUGCAGAGAAAACCCCUCAGCGACGCCCCGAGGAGCAUCAGCGAGUGUGACCCGUCAUUGACACCACAGAAAGUGUGGAAAUCCCGUCCUUUUGGGUACAAACAGCACUCCAGGCACUCGUGGUGGCAGAUCCCCGGUGUCUGCUGGUUUGGCUGAGCCCUUGGAUGCCUCCACCCCACCUCAGCAGCCUGUGCUUGCCAUAAUCGAUGCAUUGAUGUGUAAAACGCGUGUGUGAGACCAGCACGACCUUUCAUGUUGCUUCUUUGUGGCCUUCUUCCACCAAAAGCGGCUUUUCUUUCCCCUUUUCCUUUCAUUUUUCCAAGCAGGGGGAGUGGAGUGGGGGGGUCACUCAUUUUUUGCAGCAAAGUCCCACUUGGUGCACGUUUCUCUGGUUUUUGAGGCUGCCGGCCCCGGGGAGCCCACGGGGUCGGAGCUGUGCCGGGGCCCUGGGGUGCGAGGCCACGAGUUCCCGGGGUGGGCUUGGGCUGUGGGAGGGUUGGGAUCGGUGUUGGGAGCCAUCCCGAGCGUUCCUGGCUGGAAUUCCCGUUGGGCUGCGGCUCUGCAGUGACACCCAGGGUGGCAGGGAGGGCUCGGGUGGCCUCUGGCUCUCCCUGCACCUUCCCCGGGCGCUCCUCGUGCUGCCGGCCCAAAUUCUGUAUUUGUCUGUUUCUAACAACCCUUGGUGUAACAAACUAUUGACUGUUCUUAGGCGGUGGGGAUACAUUUUGUUUUUCCAUGACUUUUCGUGACUGACUUUGGCUGUAAAACUUUUUUUGUUCAACAGCAAAAGUUUAUUUUGGGGUUUUUUUUUUUUGUUUGAUUUUUUAGUUGUUGUUGUUCCGAGAUGUGUAAUUCUUUUACGGAGGGUUUUUUUUAUUAUUAUUCCUUUUUUUUUUUUUUUCUAACAUUGCUUCAUUAAACAACUAAAUAUUUAAAAAUGUAAUAUUUGGACCAGAUGUUGUGAAUAAUAGUAGAUAAAGCUAUUUUAUUCUGUAUUUUUAAAGCUGUUCAGUAUAAAUAAACGCGGGCAUAGAUGCAA